GUCUCAGUGAGAGGUUUUGUCGACUGAGGGGAAACCUGCUGUUCAUCCUGAAGAAACAGGGUGGUGAGCUGGAGGAGGUGCUGCUGUUGGAGAGAUGUGAGGUUAUGAAGCUUCCUGACGACAACAGACGACUGGCUGUCAGUUUUGAGAGCGGCGACCCUCCCGUGCUCCUUCAGUCCAGCAGCUCUGCAGAGUGUGCGUCGUGGCUCGUCGCCCUCAGAGGCGCCAACGCGAGUCACUGCGGAGACGCAUCACACACCUCGCCACGCUCAUUAACGCACACACUGCACAGCACACACACACCGCUGCACACUGUGACACAAGCCUGGAAAAUGACGGAGAUACAGGUGGAGUCAGAGCUGCUGUUAAAGUCUCUCCACUGCACCUGAGUGUCGAGUGUCGAGUUGGAGCUGCCACAGGAGUUCAGAUUCAAGUUUUUGUGAUCAACCCAAACACUCACACAGUCAGGAAGCACUGCUGCUCCGAGAUAGUGAAGGGACCGGACGAGAGUAUGUUUGUAACAUCUGUGUGUUUCCGUGGCGACUACCCGCUCUACCAUGACAGCAGGAUCAAAGUCACGGUUUACCACGCACAGGAGCCGACAACACACAACACAAGGAGCUUUCUGGGUUUCACUUCCUUCUCCAUCAGAGAUCUGCUCAGGUCCAAGGAGCCUCACGUCUCUGUUAGCCUCAGGACGAUGGAUGGCGUGAACGAGGUCGGGGAGGUGAAGGUGUCCCGUCUGCAGAUGGAGGGAGAUGGCGAUGAUAAAACUCCUCCUGAACACAAGUGUCCUGCUUUAUGUGACAGUCUUCACAGUUCAGUCCACGACAAAGAAAACAGUCCGAUGAUGAGAGCUGUGCUGUGCGCUCAGGUGUGUAAAGUGUACAGGUUUCAGACGGAGGAUCAGCGAUGGCUACUGGUCAGGGAACAGCUGUCAGAGACGCCACUGUCCUUCUCUUUACCCAAACAGCUGCUGAGCGCGCUCAUACGUGAACACACAAACAGGGUCCAGGAGGUGAAGGAGCUCGGUGACCUUUCACCCCACUGGGAUGGGCUCCGCCACGAUGUCAUCAACCACUGUAACUACCUGAUUGGCUGCUAUCAGGAGACACUCGCCGAGCUCCGACAAACUCUCAGGUGAGGUCAAUUAAAAGUGUCAUCCUGCUUCAAGUCGAGCGGUAGCAAAUCUGACAGACACCUUCAGUUCGUUCCAACCAACCUGCACUCUCAGAGGAUGGAGGUCAUCAAUCCAGACAGAACAGGUGUGUGGUAUGAGGUUAUAACCUUCGGUGCUCCGGCUGAUCACCACCAGGCCUUUAAACAUGGCGGACUGAGACGACUGCUCAGCAAACACUCAAACCACAGGGACAGCUCCGUCUCUUACUCUCAGGACGAGAGCUCCAGAGCCAGGGAGCUGCUGGCCAGCGUGGCCCAGCUGCAGCCUCUGGUGUUCGGGCUCGCUGAGGAGCUGCUGUCCGUCUCUCUGGAGCUGAACACCGCUCGACUGCAGCAGGUGCUGGAUGGCCUGACUCAACAGACGGAGCAGUUUGUUCACGCGCUCAAAGACGAGCUGGUGAAAAGCGCCCUGUUGGCGAUCCACAAGCAGUGCACCGCCAACUCCAACAGCAGCCACGUUCACAGCAACGGGUUGCUCUGUGACACCUCGUCAACCAAUCAGGAGGGAGAGCCUUCGCUUGAUGUUUACAAACGUGACACGGAGUACGACGAGGAGGAGUGGGACAGGGCGUGGGCGAACGUUGCCAAGAGCCUCAACUGCAUCAUCGCCAUGGUGGACCGGCUGCAGGGGCGAGAGGAGCGUCCUCAGGAGCUGACAUCAGCAGAGCAGCAGGAAUCCACGGGGGACACAAACUCUCACAACACGGCCUCGCCUUCCUCCUCCUCCUCGGCGUCCUCCUGGCAGGAGCAGCUGCUCCCUCUGGUGGUCACUCUUAGGGACUGCGUCCGUGAGGCUGUGGGGAAGGCGCGAGCCGCCAUGACCUUUGUUGUCCUGCAGGGGGCGGUGGCUCCCACUGUCGACCGGGGACCUGCACAGAUCGCACAGAGACGCCACGCCGUCUUCAGCCAGGCGCUCUCAGCAGUGGUUUGUGGUUUCAUGUUGAAGCUGUAUGGAGGUCUGGAGGAUCCUGAGUUCCUGCAGCAGCUUCUCUCUGUAGGAGUCCUGGCUCAGUUCGAAAGCCUGCUCAGCACCUACGGUGACGAGGUGGGGAUGCUGGAGGACAUGGAGGUGGGCGUGGCCGACCUGAGCGAAGUUGCGUUCGCUGUCACUGAGGCUAAAACAGAGCAACCGGACGACCUGCUGCCAACGCUCAGGGGAACAUGGGGCAGUUUUGUCGUCGAGGUCCCGUUGACCACGGAGAUGUUUGGGCCGUUGCCACAGGAGCUGAAAGAGGGGCGUUUGAUACGAGUUCAUCCUGUUCUCUUCAACAUUGGGAUCAACCAGCAGCAGAGUCUGGCUGAGAGGUUUGGUGAUAGCUCGCCGCAGGAGAGAGUGAAUCAACAGAGCUGUGAGCGCCUUAAAGCUUAUUGUGACAAGCUGAGAGACAAACUCCCUGACGUGGCUGGUAUCCAGUCACUAUCAGACCUGUUGUUGUCUCUGGACCGAAGCGUAGAAUCCAGGAAGAGGAAGAACGUGGAGGUUCUGUGGAUCGCUGCGAUGGUGUGUCGUAAAGUGAACGGCGUUCGUCUGACGAGCUGUAAGAGCGCCAAGGACCGGACGGCGAUGUCGGUGACGCUGGAGCAGUGUGUGUUACUGAGGGAGCGACACACACUCGGCCAACAGCACUUCAGCACCGCACUCGACUGCAUGAGGAGGGAUGGCUGCAGGAUGGAGAACGUACAGAAGAACGUGGGCAGCAGGAAGUUCGCCUUCAGCAGCGUCCAGCUCCUCACCUUCCCCAAACUGUACCGACCUCCAGACGGCAGCUACGGAUCGACCCACUGACCGAUGCUUGUUUCAGCUCCUGUACAGUUUGUUUUAUCUGUGCUGUGAUUUAUGUGAAUGUAAAGUUAAUGUAAUGACCCUCUGUACUGUUCACUGUGGCUGCAGGUGUUUGAUUUACAAACAUGUUUCUGUAAUAAAUGAAUACUUGAUUGUUUUCUGUCAAAUAUAAAAUAAAUUAAAUCCAAUGGAUUCAUACCUGAA